AAGGGGCUUCCCGCUAGGCGCCGCGGGAUGUUCCCAGCCGCCCUGCUGGGCUAGCGGGAGCGCAGCAGCCCCUUCAGGCAGCCGGAGAGAAGCCGCCGCUGCCCCUUCUCGUGGGACGGGGGCUGUCGCCUGUCCCCUCGCCCCGGCUGCGUGCGGCUGAGGGAGCCCGCGGGGAUGACGCUGAGUGAGAAGCUGGAGACGCAGGGAGUUGGGGGCGCUCCCGACGCUUCUGCUACCCUCUUGCCCUGCCCGGCGCUGCGGGAGCAGCAGGGCGCCCAGGCGGCGGCCGGGGAGCCGAGGCAAGAGAACCUAGAGGGGUGUCCAGGCGGCCAGUCCGCUCUGCUGAUGGCGGGUCCCCCGGAGGGGCAGCAGGGGGCCGAGCCCCCUGAGGGCGGCUGGGGCUGGGUGGUGAUGCUGGCCGCCAUGUGGUGCAACGGUGCGGUGUUCGGCAUCCAGAACUCGUGCGGCGUCCUCUUCGUCUCCAUGCUGAGAGAGUUCGGCUCGCAGGACGACAAGCAGCUGGUGUUCAAGACAGCCUGGGUGAGUUCCCUGUCCAUGGGAAUGAUUUUCUUCUGCUCUCCCUUAGUCAGUGUAUUCACAGACAUAUUUGGUUGUCGAAUAAUAGCCAUUGUUGGAGCUGCAGUGGGGUUUGUUGGACUUCUUUUAAGCUCUUUUGUAAGCACCAUUGAACCUCUGUAUUUCACCUAUGGAAUCUUAUUUGCCUGUGGUUGUUCAUUUGCAUACCAGCCAUCCUUGGUCAUUCUGGGGCACUAUUUCAAGAAGCGCCUUGGACUAGUGAAUGGCAUCGUCACUGCCGGCAGCAGCUUGUUCACUGUGUCAUUGCCUUUCCUUUUAAGAGUGUUGAUUGAUUCAGUUGGCCUGUACAACACUUUAAGGGUCCUGUGCAUCCUUAUGUUUGUUCUUUUCCUGGCUGGCUUCACUUACAAACCCCUCAUUUCCAGUGCAAGUGACAAAGAGGGUGGAAAGAAGGGCAUGUUGAGAUUUCCUCCUGCAAAGAAGAUUUUCAGUUUCUCCAUUUUCAAGGUUACGGGUUAUCGAAUCUGGGCUUUUGGAAUCCCUGCUGCACUUUUUGGAUACUUUGUGCCUUAUGUUCACUUGAUGAAACAUGUAAAAGAGAGGCUUGGUGAAAAUGUACAAGAAGAGGUGCUUCUGCUGUGUCUUGGUAUCACUUCAGGAGUCGGCCGAUUGAUCUUCGGCAGAGUUGCAGACUAUAUUCCUGGUGCAAAAAAAGUUUAUUUACAGGUGAUAUCAUUCUUCUUAAUUGGCCUGAUGUCCAUGAUGAUUCCACUGUGCAAUUCCUUGGGAAGUCUCAUUGCUGUCUGCCUCUUCAUGGGUCUGUUUGAUGGCUGCUUCAUUUGUAUCAUGGCUCCUAUUGCCUUUGAGCUAGUUGGUGCACAGGAUGUCUCCCAGGCCAUAGGAUUCCUGUUAGGACUCAUGUCAGUACCUAUGAUAGUUGGUCCACCCAUUGCAGGUAUACUGCGUGACUACCUAGGUACCUACGAUGUAGCAUUUUACCUGGCUGGAGUUCCCCCCAUGAUUGGAGGAAUUAUAUUAUCUUUCAUCCCAUGGGUUCACGAAAAGAAGAAGCCAAAAGAGAAAGAAAAAGCUGUUGAUGAAGAAACAACUAAGAAAAUGCUGGAAAAUGAAAGCACUUCAGCCUCCGGCACAGCAGAAAAGCCCAGUAAAGAAUCUGAAUCUGUUAUUUGAUGCUUUAUCUUUCCACUGGACUAAAUUCAUUUUUACAGGAGCUAGAUAAGAAUUCUGGCUUUGAGUUGAAAAUAGCAUAUUAUUUUUAAUGGAACGUGUGCUCAGAUUGCAGAACAAAACUGCUAAGCGCUAAGAAUCUUUUGUACCACUGAGUAGCUUUCUUAGGAGUCCCUGAGUCUAGUUUCAAUCCAUAUUUUUAUGGCAUUUGAGGUUUUAUAGUAUCAGUGUGCACCUGCUAGUGAUUCUGCGUUUAAGGAGAUUAUUGUUUUAAUCUAUCAGAGCAUGCUUCUGGAAGUAUGAAAGCUGUUUAGUUUGAUUCAUUGGCCCUUCCAGGAUGGCUUCAAUAAUUUUAGUCCAUCAAGUAGAGGCAAAUUCUUGUGUUGUUUUCCUGGAAUUUCUGUGCCUCUUAUGACUGACUUUUGUUUUAAUUUCUUAUGCCAUUUAAACACUUUUUAAAAUUCUAUAUUAUGAUAAUGAAUAGUCAUCUUUUUUUGAUCCUCUAAACUCUAAUCCUUGCUGAAAUUAUCUUGCUUUGGGAGCUAGAUUAUUUAACAGAUCCUCAGUUUUACUUUCUCUUAAUACUCCAACCUGUUCCAUUUGCUUAAACCUACUCUGGAUCACUUUUACCUUUAUUUCUCAGUAGCCUGAACAUAGAACAUUUUAGGAUAAGUUUGUGAUAAUAAAUAUAUUAAACACACAAAAAGUGAAGGGUAUGAACUCUCACAAGCAAAUAAAUUCAGAAUUAAGGUUGUUAAACCAUUAUUAAGUCAUCCUUUGUCCCCAGUGCUACAGUGAAUCUAGUUCUUUUUCAGGUAAACGUCAGAAUAGCUUAGUCUUAAAACCAUACGAAGUGCAAUACUUGGGUACAAUACCAUGAGAUAGACAAAGCCCGAAUUCUGAAUUUCUGUGGUUUUUUUCAGGAUUUGACUCUUCAAAAAACAACAAAAAGACAUCUUUAAGGGAUACAUUUUAAGUGUGCAAUACGAUCAAUUGUUCAUACCAAUAAAUGGAAAUAUAUUAUACAUAAGAGCUAUUAAAGCAACAUUAAACAAAUUGGGAAGAGAUUUUGCACUAAGUGAAUAUGCAGCUUUAUUAUGGGCCUUUAAAAUUUUGCACGUGUGAUACAACUCCAUCUUUUCAAGAAAUUGUAGCGAAACUGUUUGCAUGCACGAUUACUUAUCCUUAACAUCUCUCUUAUUACUUGUGUACUUGUAGGUAUUAUAUAUAGUUUGUCAAACCCAUACUUCUGAAACAUCUAUUUUUCUGAAAGUUAUUUUAAAAAAGUAUAAACAAAACAGAGUGCUUUUCAGUUUAUCAUGAUUACGCUUGCAAAUAUAUUGUCUCUGGAUUUGCAUUGACAAUGCAAUGGAACACUUAAAUAGAUAU